UAUUAUAGGACACAGCCUUUUGGAAGAUGUGCUUUCUAUUUUUGACACGUCCUAAGAUAUUUUCACGGUCUUAAAAAUCAACAAACAUCACGUUUUCACAAUCUGGAGUAUUCUUUCUGGCAGACGAAAGGAUGCAUUUUUGGUCAACCGUCUUUGUCCUGUCUGCAGUAUGGCCCAGCGCCUUGUGUGUGACACGGUACUCCAUAGCCGAGGAGAUGGAAAGGGGCUCUGUUGUGGCGAAUCUUGCUGCUGAUUUGGGACUUGAGCUUGGAGGUUUGGCACAACGAGAGGUAAAACUUGAUAUUUUCCAUAACAAAAAGUAUCUAGAUGUCAAUAAAAAGACGGGAGAGUUGUACAUCGUGGAAAAGAUGGACAGGGAAUAUCUUUGUCCGACAAAAACUACCGCCUGUUUCCUUAAGCUUGAUGUUAUCAUAGAAAGCCCGUUACGUAUCUUCAACAUUGAACUUGGAAUAACGGAUAUUAAUGAUAACGCUCCACAUUUCCGAAGAGACAGAGUUGAGCUCGACGUUUCAGAAUCGGCAACACCAGGAGAGAGAUUCUCCCUGCCUAACGGUGUGGAUCCAGAUGUUGGCAUGAAUACAAUUAAAACAUACAAACUCAGUAACAGUGAACAUUUUGCCAUCGAAAUGCAGACAGGCAGUGAUGGAACUCAAUAUGUUGAUUUGGUGUUGACCAAGUCUUUAGACCGAGAGGAGAAUGCUGUUCAUAAUCUAAUACUGACUGCUGUGGACGGUGGGGUCCCCGUGCGCUCCGGCACUGCCAAUAUUAUUGUGAGAGUACAGGAUACUAACGAUAAUCCUCCGCAGUUUGACGAACAGACUUACACAAUUAAUAUGACAGAAAAUGCCCCGAUUGGAACAUUAGUGAUGACGCUUAAAGCUACAGAUCUUGAUGAGGGUCUGAAUUCAGAGAUAGUCUACUCAUUCACCCUUUACACAUCAGAAAAAACACAAGACGUAUUUGAAUUGAACCCUAACACUGGGGAGAUAACUGUGAAGGGUACUAUUGACUAUGAAGAUAUGACAUUGUAUGAGAUGCACAUUGAGGCAAGAGACAAGGGGACGCAUCCCUUGCUGGGUCAGUGUAAAGUAGUCGUCCACGUGACGGACAUGAAUGAUAAUUAUCCGGAAAUUACCAUACAGUCUGUAAAAAACACAGUGGAUGAAAACAUCCCAGUAGGAAGUGUCAUUGCUGUUGUAGGUAUAAGAGACAAAGACACUGGCAAUAAUGGAAACGUAAGCUUAUCCAUUAAUCAGCCCAUGCCAUUUAUUCUUAACAAGUCAUCAGAUACACCCAUGCAUUACAGGCUCAUAGUGUCUGAACCUUUGGAUCGUGAAUCGGUACCUGAAUAUGACAUCACACUGAUUGUGACGGAUGCAGGAACGCCGCCUUUGUCUGACAACGAAACAAUAACUGUGCAUAUACUGGAUGUUAAUGACAACGCACCACAAUUCCCUCAGUCAUUUUAUACUAUACGUGUAAUGGAGAAUAAC